AUGAAGAAACCGGCAUCCCCGCAUGUAGCUGAUCCUCACGGCACAGCGCCGGAACCUGCCCUACAGUUCCGGGAACACUGCGCCCGGCGAGGAGAGAGGCCCGAUGAGAAAGAUGCAGAGGCCAGCGCCCUCCUCUGUGGGAAGUCCGUGGUGUGGGUGAAUCGGGAAAACCCACAGCUGCUCCUCCUCCACCUGCAGGAGCCCGGGGCCACGCUUGGGCACGGCGUCCGCCCCCCUCGUCAGCUGCAGGAGGUCCUCCUGGAUGCUGCGCCCCGUAGACCUUUUUCUCCAGUGAUCCGAGGUCCGCAGGAACGCCAGGGCUGCUCCGGCGAACUCAGGGCUCGGGCUGCUUGCCUGUCUGUGGGCGCUCAAACAGGAGCCAGCAGAAUCCCGUCUCUCGCCCGCGGCGUCCUCCUGAACUCUCCGGAUGUGGAGGGGAGGAUCUAUUCCAACUAUGGAAAGAGAGCUGUCCAUCCUGAGUCCCACCACGGCUGUCAGCCAAGAGCAGAUAUGUUGUCAUUCGAGGUUGACCCUUAUGGGUUCACCGCAGCUGCUCUCUUGCACCAGCCCCUCCUGCUGGAAGAUGGAGGUGCCGUGAUGUUAAAUCAAUGCGCCCCGGAGUAUCGGUGUCCCCCCCUCAACCCGGCCGGGCCGCGGGCAGUAGCCCCACUGGGUGCAGACCGCAGGCCCGCCACUGGAGGGCGCGUGGACGCUUCAAAAGAGCUCGGAAGCGCCUGCAAAUCCAGGGCGCGGGGACCGGAGCGCGCCGUAGGAAAGACGCGAUCUUUCCUUGCCUUGGGCUCCUAA